AGAUCACUCCAUUUUACUCAACUCACAAGUUUAUAACCAUGACAUCUAUAAUAGAGAAGCAAAACUUCAAAGUCCUCUUUUCAUUCUUCUUAUUGGUUUUAUUCUUCUCCCAUACUGUUUCCGUGUUCCCAAAAUACAUUGAUCAGAAGAAACCCUGCAAACAAUUUUCCUUCUACUACCACGACAUCAUCUACGAUGGCGCCGACAAUGCUGCAAAUGCCACCUCAGCUGCGAUCGUCAACCCUCCAGGAUUAGGAAACUUCAAAUUUGGAAAGUUAGUGAUCUUCGACGACCCCAUAACAAUGGACACGAACUACCUCUCAGAAUAUGUGGCUCGCGCACAAGGCUUCUAUUUCUACGACAAGAAGUUGGGCGUCAAUGCUUGGAUCUGCUUGACGUUAGUGUUUAACUCGACGGAACACAAAGGGACGUUGAACAUAAUGGGUGCAGACUUGAUGAGGGAGCCGACAAGAGAUAUACCAGUCGUUGGUGGGACUGGUGACUUCUUUAUGGCACGUGGGAUCGCUACCGUUGAGACAGAUGCGACUGAAGGGUUAAGGUAUUUCCGUUUAAAGAUGGAUAUUAAACUUUAUGAAUGUUACUAAAUAAUGUGUGUUCUGUUUGAAAACUGUGUGUGUGUGGCAGGAGAUAAUGUGUUUCUAAUAAGUGUUGUAAUUUAUCUAUUUAUGUGUUUUUGUCAAAUCGUUUUUCUCUUGUUUUGUCGUUUGUCUGUUGUAAUGUUUCCCCAAUCGUUCGAUGCCAUAAUAAAAAUGAAAAUAAAAUAUCAUCUUGAUUGAAGAAAA